AUGGCAACAGUAUCGCUGCUCAACGUGAACGUGCGCAACAACCCGGCUGCCUUCAACGCCCCAUACGAGUUCGAGAUCACCUUCGAGUGCCUCGAGCCACUGCAGAAGGAUCUCGAGUGGAAGCUCACCUACGUCGGCUCUGCUACAUCCUCCGACCACGACCAAGAACUCGACUCCCUCCUCGUCGGCCCCAUCCCCGUCGGCGUCAACAAAUUCGUAUUCGAGGCAGACCCACCCAACACCUCCCGCAUCCCAGCCAGCGAUAUCCUCGGCGUGACUGUCAUCCUCCUCUCCUGCUCCUACGACGAACGCGAGUUUGUCCGCGUCGGUUACUACGUAAACAAUGAAUACACCGACCCCGCCAUGAACGAGGAACCACCCGCCAAGCCAGACCUCGACAAGAUCCGCCGUAACAUCCUCGCCGACAAGCCUAGGGUCACCCGCUUCCAGAUCAAGUGGGACUCUGAGGAGAGCGCGCCGAGCGAAUUUCCACCUGAGCAGCCAGAUGUCGAUCAGCAGGACGACGAUGAGGAGGCAUAUGCCAAAGAUGAGCUUGAGGAGGAGGCACAAGACGAAGGUGCACCUCUAGAGGGUGAUGCUGAGGCACUGGCGACUGCCAAGGUCGACGAGGAUGCUGAGAUGGAGGGUGCCGAUGGCAACGACAAAGGUGAGGAAAGUGAUGCCGCUAGCGAGGAUCUGGAGGCAGAGAGUGAAGACGACGAGGACGAUGAGGAGGAGGAAGAGGAAGGUACGGAGGAGAAUGGCGAUGCUAUGGAUACGGAGAUGGGAGAUAGCCACCCGCACCAGCAGCAAGCACAGCAGCCGGCCGAUGUGAUGGUGCACUAG